CGGCGGUUCAGUAGAAUGCCGUUUUUUUUUCCUCCCACCGUUCGCAGUGAAAGCAGGGAUCUCGAGCAAUGUGGCGAUCGGCCGUAGCCUUCGCUCCAUGGCGCAUGGGCCGGGCGUUCUCCUCCGCCGCCGCUGCUGCGUCAAGCAAGAAGUGGGACGCCGUGGUGAUCGGAGGCGGCCAUAACGGCCUGACUGCCGCCGCCUACCUCGCCCGUGCCGGCCUCUCCGUUGCCGUCCUUGAGAGGCGACACGUCCUUGGCGGCGCCGCCGUCACUGAGGAGAUUGUUCCUGGGUUUCGCUUCUCACGGUGUAGCUACCUGCAGAGUCUCCUCCGUCCUUCCAUCAUCCGGGAUUUGGAGUUGGCGAGGCACGGCCUGAAGCUUCUUCGGAGGAAUCCGUCGUCGUUCACCCCUUGCCUCGACGGCAAAUACCUUCUUCUGGGCCCUGAUGCUGAUUUCAACCAUUCGGAGAUUGCCAAGUUCUCAAAGAAGGACGCUUUAUCUUUUCCAAGAUAUGAAGAGCAACUAAAGAAAUUCUGUGGAUUUAUGGACUAUCUUCUUGACUCACCAACUCCAGAAAUCAGUCAUGAUCAUUCAUCCCUAAUGUGUCAACUGAAGGAUAAAUUACGAAAAUCCACAUUUUGGGGCCAUCUUGUCCAACAAACUGUGACAUUAGGACAAAAGGAUAUGUUGGAUUUCAUGGAUCUUUUGCUUUCUCCCGCAUCAAAGGUUUUGAACAAUUGGUUUGAGACUGAGAUACUAAAGGCAACACUGGCCACAGAUGCUGUUAUUGGAACUACGGCAAGUGUUCAUACACCAGGUUCAGGAUAUGUCUUACUACAUCACGUAAUGGGAGAGACUGAUGGAGAACGUGGUGUUUGGUCGUAUGUUGAAGGAGGAAUGGGUGCAGUAUCAAAGGCUCUUAGUAAUUCUGCUUGUGAAUCAGGCGCCCAUAUUGUGACUAAUGCAGAGGUUGCGCACGUCAUGUUGGAUGAGGCUACUGGAAUGGCAACUGGAGUUGCACUGCUUGAUGGGACAAAAAUCCAUGCAUCAGCUGUUCUAUCAAAUGCGACUCCUUACAAAACUUUUGUGGAGCUUGUACCUCCCAAUAUCCUUCCUGAAGAUUUUCUCUGUGCCAUCAAAAACAUUGACUACAGCUCAGCAACAACCAAAAUAAAUCUUGCUGUUUCUAGGUUGCCACAAUUUAGGUGUUGCAAUUCAAAUGUGCUUGAUCCAGGUCCUCAACAUAUGGGUACUAUACAUAUUGGAUCUGAAAGCAUGGAGGAAAUUGAUGUAGCUAGCAGAGAUGCUUCUAAUGGCAUACCAUCAAGAAGACCAAUCAUUGAAAUGACAAUACCUUCUGUCUUGGAUCACACCAUUUCUCCACCUGGUCAGCAUGUGAUCAAUCUUUUUGUCCAGUAUACACCUUAUAAACUUUCUGAAGGAACUUGGCAAGACCCUAGCAUCAGAGAAUCAUUUGCUCAAAGAUGUUUCUCAUUGAUUGACGAGUAUGCGCCUGGGUUCAGCUCCUCCAUCAUUGGGUAUGACAUGUUGACUCCUCCUGAUCUUGAAAGAGAGUUUGGACUCACAGGCGGAAACAUAUUCCAUGGUGCCAUGAGUUUGGAUUCUUUGUUCCUAAUGCGGCCAAUCAAAGGCUGGUCAGGUAACAGAACACCUGUGAAGGGUCUUUAUCUUUGCGGGAGUGGUACACAUCCUGGAGGUGGCGUAAUGGGGGCACCUGGUCGCAAUGCUGCCUCUGUUGUCAUUGAACACCUAAAGUCCACGAAGAAGUAGAUCUCUGUUCAACACAGCAAAUCCAAUUAUGGCAACAAGCUAUCUUUCCUAUAGAGAACCAUAUUCUUAUGGGUACUAAUCCCUGCUUCGGCGUGUUAUUGAUGGAUCUUUUGAUGUAUCCAUUUGAAGAGACGAGAGGUAGACAUGGACGAUAGCGAUUGCCUAAUGUUGAUGCAUUAGUUGCAUUCCUAUUUAAAAACUCACCAAGUUAUGGUAGUGACAUGGUAACUUGAUCUGUUCUUGUAGCUCAAGCAGUAGUAAUAAAAUUCAUGUUAGUAUGCUCUUCGAUAAAACGAUAAGAUCUGUAAGUUAUGUAUGCAAUUGCUUUGCGAUUUAUUAAUGUUAUUGAUGUUCUUGUUUC